AUGGCGCAAGCUGCAUCGGGCCCCCAGCAAAACGGCCGGACGGUGCCCGUCAAUGGCAAGGCGUCCUACGCCGACAAGCACAGGAUCGCAGACCACUUCAUCGGCGGCAAUGAGCUGGCGAAUGCCCCGGCAGGCAAGGUCAAGGAUUUCGUCGCCCAGAACGAUGGCCACACCGUUAUUACAAACGUCCUUAUCGCAAACAAUGGCAUUGCUGCCGUCAAGGAGAUCCGCUCCGUCCGAAAAUGGGCGUACGAGACGUUUGGCGACGAGAGGGCCAUCCACUUCACCGUCAUGGCCACCCCCGAGGACCUACAGGCCAACGCCGACUACAUCCGCAUGGCUGACCACUAUGUCGAGGUCCCCGGCGGCACAAACAACCACAACUACGCCAAUGUCGAGCUCAUUGUUGACAUUGCCGAGCGCAUGAAUGUCCACGCAGUCUGGGCCGGCUGGGGCCACGCCUCCGAGAACCCAAAGCUGCCAGAGUCGCUGGCCGCCUCCCCCAACAAGAUUGUCUUCAUUGGCCCCCCCGGCUCCGCCAUGAGGUCCCUCGGCGACAAAAUCUCCUCCACUAUCGUCGCACAGCACGCCAAGGUGCCCUGCAUUCCCUGGUCCGGGACGGGCAUCCACGAGGUCGAGAUCGACGACCAGGACAUCGUCACCGUCCCCGACAGGGUAUACGCCAAGGGCUGCGUCACCUCGUGGCAGGAGGGCCUGGAAAAGGCAAAGGAGAUUGGCUUCCCCGUCAUGAUCAAGGCCUCCGAGGGCGGCGGUGGCAAGGGCAUCCGCCAGGCCACAAACGCCGACGACUUCGAGGCCCUCUACAAGGCGGCCGCCAGCGAGAUCCCCGGCUCGCCCAUCUUCAUCAUGAAGCUUGCCGGCAACGCCAGGCAUCUCGAGGUCCAGCUGCUGGCUGACCAGUACGGCAACAACAUCUCCCUCUUCGGCCGCGACUGUUCCGUCCAGAGGCGCCACCAAAAGAUCAUUGAGGAGGCCCCCGUCACCAUUGCCAAGCCCGACACCUUCAAGGCCAUGGAGGGCGCUGCUGUCCGGCUCGGCAAGCUGGUCGGCUACGUCUCCGCUGGCACCGUCGAGUACCUCUACUCGCACGCUGACGACAAGUUUUACUUUCUCGAGUUGAACCCCCGUCUCCAGGUCGAGCAUCCCACAACGGAAAUGGUCAGCGGCGUCAACUUGCCCGCCGCACAACUCCAGAUCGCCAUGGGUCUACCUCUGCACCGUAUCCGGGACAUUCGGCUGCUAUACGGCGUCGACCCCAAGGCCUCGAGCGAGAUCGACUUUGAGUUCAAGUACGAGGGUACCUCCCAGUCACAGCGCCGGCCGACACCCACAGGCCACACCACUGCCUGCCGAAUCACCUCGGAGGACCCCGGCGAGGGCUUCAAGCCUUCCAACGGCGUCAUGCACGAGCUCAACUUCAGGAGUAGCUCCAAUGUCUGGGGCUACUUCUCCGUCGGAACUCAGGGGGGUAUCCACAGCUUCUCUGACAGCCAGUUCGGCCACAUCUUUGCCUAUGGCGAGAACCGACAGGCCUCGCGCAAGCAUAUGGUCAUUGCCCUCAAGGAACUGAGCAUUCGCGGCGACUUUAGGACCACGGUCGAAUACCUCAUCAAGCUGCUCGAGACGGAGGACUUUGAGGAAAACACAAUCUCCACCGGCUGGCUCGACGAGCUCAUCUCCAAGAGGCUGACGGCCGAGCGACCCGACGCCAUGCUCGCCGUCGUCUGCGGCGCCACCACAAAGGCCCACAUUGCCAGCGAGGCCUGCCUGACCGAGUUCCGCGCCGGCCUGGAGAAGGGCCAGGUCCCCUCCAAGGAGACGCUCAAGACCGUCUUCGCCAUCGACUUCAUCUACGAGGGCUACCGCUACAAGUUCACGGCCACUCGAGCCAGCGCCGACAGCUACCAUCUCUUCAUCAACGGCUCCAAGUGCUCCGUCGGCGUUCGCGCCCUCAGCGACGGCGGCCUCCUGAUUCUUCUCGACGGCCACAGCCACAACGUAUACUGGAAGGAGGAGGUGGGCGCAACCCGCCUGUCCGUCGACAGCAAGACGUGCCUCUUGGAACAGGAGAACGACCCGACACAGCUCCGCACUCCCAGCCCCGGCAAGCUCGUCAAGUACGCCGUCGAGAACGGCUCCCACAUCAAGGCGGGCCAGACGUUCGCCGAGGUCGAGGUCAUGAAGAUGUACAUGCCUCUGGUUGCCCAGGAGGACGGCAUCGUGCAGCUCAUCAAGCAACCCGGAUCGACGCUCGAGGCGGGCGACAUUCUCGGCAUACUUGCCCUCGAUGACCCAAGCAGAGUCAAGCAGGCCCAGGGCUUUGUCGACAAGCUCCCUCCUUACGGCGACCCCGUCGUCGUCGGAAACAAGGCCGCGCAGCGUUUCGGCGUCCUGCACAACAUUGUCAUGAACAUCCUGAUGGGCUAUGACAACUCGGUCAUCAUGGCUCCCUCCCUCAAGGAGCUCAUCGAGGUGCUCAGGAACCCCGAGCUGCCCUAUAGCGAAUGGAACGCCUGCUUCUCCGCUCUACACGCGCGCAUGCCCCAGAAGCUCGACUCCCAGUUUGUGCAGAUUGUCGAGCGGGCAAAGGCUCGAAACGCCGAGUUCCCGGCCAAGCCUCUGCAAAAGGCACUCCACAAGUUCCUUGAGGAGAGCGUUGCAGAGGGAGACGCCGACUUGCUCAAGACGACCCUCGCGCCCUUGACCGAGAUCCUCGACCUGUACGCUGACGGCCAAAAGACCCGAGAGCUCAACUUCAUCAAGAGCCUGCUCGAGGCGUACUGGGAGGUGGAGACGCUGUUUGUGAGCCAGGCGCAGAAUGACGGCGUCAUCCUUAAACUGCGCGACCAGAACAAGGACAAUAUCGGCAAGGUGGUGCAGACAGUGCUCUCGCACAGCCGUGUCAGUGCCAAGAGCUCGCUCGUGCUCGCCAUUCUCGACGAGUACCGGCCCAACAAGCCCAACGUGGGCAACAUUGCCAAGUACCUGCGCGAUCCUCUCCGCAAGCUCACCGAGCUCUCGUCUCGCGCCACGUCCAAGGUGUCCCUCAAAGCUCGCGAGAUCAUGAUUCAGUGUUCUCUGCCCUCGCUUGAGGAGCGCACUGCCCAGCUGGAGCACAUUCUGCGGUCGUCUGUGAUCGAGUCGCGGUAUGGCGAGAGCGGCUGGGACCAUCGCGAGCCCAGCCUCGACAUAAUCAAGGAGGUCGUCGACUCCAAGUACACUGUCUUUGACGUGCUCCCCCUUUUCUUCGCCCACGAAGAUGCCUGGGUCGCGCUGGCGUCGCUCGAGGUGUACGUCCGCCGCGCGUAUCGUGCCUACAUCCUCAAGCAGAUCGAGUACCACAACGACGAGACGGACUCGCCGCUCUUCGUUUCUUGGGACUUUCAGCUGCGCAAGAUUGGCCAGUCCGAGUUUGGGCUUCCGCUUCAGUCUGCGGCGGCAUCGACGCCCGGCACCCCCAGCACCUCGGAUCUCGGUGUCAAGCGGAUCCACUCCAUCAGCGACAUGUCCUACCUCAGCAGCAAAUGGGAGGAGGAGCCGACGCGCAAGGGCAUUAUUGUUCCUUGCAAGUACCUCGACGACGCCGAGGAGCUCAUCCAAAAGGCCCUCGAGACCCUUGCCUUCUACAACAAGCAGAAGAAGCAGCACAAUGGCACACAAAUCCUCGCCGAUCUCUCGGGCAAGCGCAAGCCGUUCAGUGCGGUCAAGCGGGACGCCAAGAAGGACGACGAGCUGUCCGCUGUCAUCAACGUGGCUGUGCGGGACGCCGAGAGCCGCGACGAUGAGGAGAUUAUGACCCGGAUCCUUCCGAUUGUCCAGCACUACAGGAGCGAAUUGCUCGUCCGUGGCGUGCGGCGCCUCACCUUUAUCUGCGGCCACAGCGACGGCUCCUACCCCGGAUACUACACGUUCCGAGGCCCGGAGUACGAAGAGGAUGACAGCAUUCGUCACAGCGAGCCCGCCCUGGCCUUCCAGCUGGAGCUGGGACGUCUUGCCAAGUUCCACAUCAAGCCCGUCUUCACGCAGAACAAGAACAUCCACGUGUACGAGGCGGUUGGCAAGGCCGUCGACACGGACAAGCGAUACUUUACUCGCGCCUCCAUUCGACCGGGCCGCCUUCGCGACGAGAUCCCCACCGCCGAGUACCUCAUCUCCGAGGCCGACCGUGUCAUCAACGACAUCUUCGACGCGCUCGAGAUUAUCGGCAACAACUCGUCGGAUCUGAACCACAUCUUCAUGAACUUCACCCCGGUCUUCCAGCUGGACCCGAUGCAGGUCGAACAGAGUCUUCAGGGCUUCUUGGACCGCUUCGGCGCCCGGGGCUGGAGGCUGCGUGUUGCCCAGGUCGAGAUUCGCAUCAUCUGCACAGACCCGACGACCAGCACGCCGUACCCUCUCCGCGUCGUCGUCACCAACACGUCGGGAUACAUUGUUGACGUCGACAUGUAUGCUGAGCGCAAGUCGGAAAGGGGCGAGUGGGUAUUCCACAGCAUUGGCGGGACCAAGGAGAAGGGCCCGCUGCACCUGCUCUCCGUCUCGAUCCCCUACGCAACCAAGAAUGCCCUGCAGCCCAAGCGGUACAAGGCUCACCUGAUGGGAACCCAGUACGUCUACGACUUCCCCGAGCUCUUCCGCCAGGCCAUCCAGAACACUUGGGUCAAGGCGGCCAAGAACCAGCCCGCCCUCCUGUCGCAGCAGCCCAAGGUCGGCGAGUGCAUCAGUUUUACGGAGCUGGUCCUGGACGACAAGGACAGCCUCGAGGAGGUCAACCGAGAGCCCGGCACCAACACUUGCGGCAUGGUCGGCUGGGUCUUCAAGGCCCGCACCCCCGAAUACCCCGCGGGUCGCCGCUUCGUCGUCGUGGCCAACGACAUCACCUACAAGAUCGGGUCCUUUGGACCAACGGAGGACAACUUUUUCAAUAAGUGCACUGAGUUGGCCCGCAAGCUGGGCAUCCCGCGCGUCUACCUCUCUGCCAACUCUGGCGCCCGCCUGGGCUUGGCCGACGAGCUGAUGCCGCAUUUCAAGGUCGCCUGGAACGACCCGACCAAGCAGGAGGGUGGCUUCCGCUACUUGUACCUGGACGAGAAGACCAAGGAGAGCUUCAAGGACGAGGUUGUGACUGAGGAGAUUUCUGAGGGUGGCGAGAAGCGCCAUAAGAUCAUCACGAUUAUCGGUCAGGAAGACGGCCUUGGUGUUGAGUGCCUGCGAGGCUCGGGCCUCAUUGCUGGCGCGACCAGCAGGGCCUACAACGACAUUUUUACGGUGACGUUGGUCACCUGCCGGUCUGUUGGCAUUGGUGCCUACCUCGUUCGUCUAGGACAGCGAGCUGUUCAGAUCGAGGGCCAGCCCAUCAUCUUGACCGGUGCUCCCGCUCUGAACAACCUGCUCGGUCGCGAGGUGUACACGUCCAACCUGCAGCUCGGUGGCACGCAGAUCAUGUACAGAAACGGUGUUUCCCACAUGACUGCAAAUGACGACUUCGCCGGCGUCUCCAGGAUCGUCGAAUGGAUGUCGUUUGUCCCCGAGAAGCGCAACGGGCCCGUCCCCGUCAGCCCGAGCGCCGACGACUGGGACCGCGACAUUGCGUACUGUCCGCCGCAGAAGCAGCCGUACGACGUCCGGUGGAUGAUCUCUGGCAAGCACGAUGAGGACGGCAGCUUCCAGAGCGGUCUCUUUGACAAGGACUCGUUUGUCGAGACGCUAGGCGGCUGGGCCCGCACCGUUGUCGUCGGUCGCGCUCGUCUGGGCGGCAUCCCGAUAGGCGUGAUUGCCGUCGAAACCCGCACGGUGGAGAAUAUCACGCCAGCGGAUCCCGCCAACCCCGACUCGAUCGAGCAGCUGAGCAACGAGGCCGGCGGCGUGUGGUACCCCAACUCGGCCUUCAAGACGGCCCAGGCGAUCAACGACUUCAACAAUGGCGAGCAACUGCCCCUGAUGAUCCUGGCCAACUGGCGAGGCUUCUCGGGCGGUCAACGCGACAUGUACAACGAGGUGCUCAAGUACGGAUCCCUCAUCGUCGAUGCGCUGGUCAAGUUUGAGCAGCCCAUAUUUGUCUACAUCCCGCCGUUUGGUGAGCUGCGCGGCGGCUCGUGGGUCGUCGUCGAUCCGACCAUCAACCCGACGGCCAUGGAGAUGUACGCCGACGUGGAAUCCCGAGGUGGCGUGCUCGAGCCGGAGGGCAUGAUCGGCAUCAAGUUCCGCAAGGAGAAGCAGCUGGAGACGAUGGCGCGCAUGGACCCGACGUACGCUGGCUUGCGGAAGCAGCUUGAUGAAAAGAAGCUGUCGCCCGAGGAAGCGGCCGAGGUCAAGAAACAGAUGGUGGCACGGGAGAAGCAGCUACUGCCCGUGUACGCGCAAAUUGCCGUGCAGUUUGCCGACCUGCAUGACCGCGCGGGGCGCAUGAAGGCCAAGGGCGCCGUCCGCGACGUGCUCGAGUGGACGGGGGCCCGCCGAUUCUUCUACUGGCGCCUGCGCCGUCGUCUCAAUGAAGAGUACAUCCUCAAGCGCAUGACGUCGAGCGUGCUGUCGCAGGCAAAGGAACAGAGCACAGCCAAAGCUAGCGACGUCCGGGCGCGGAACCUGCAUCUGCUGGCGAGUUGGUCGCGCGUCGUGGGCUGGGAGCGCAACGACAGGGAGGUUGCGGAGUGGUACGAGAGGGAACGCAAGACGAUUGGCGACAAGGUAGAGGCGCUCAAGGCGGACAAGCUCUCGGUGGAGGUGGCGGAACUGGUGCGAGGACACAAGGAGGCCGAGUGGAAGGGAGUGCGCGAGACACUUAGGGUCAUGCCCGUGGAGGAGCGCGAGGCGAUUCUCAAGUAUCUCAAGGAAUGA